GGGCCAUACUGUCCAGUGAAGAGGCUGUGCUGCUAGAUUUAAACAGAGUCUCAAGCUAUUGCUGUGAUUGAUCUUCCAUUUUCUGGCCUGAAAGACAUUCAGGGAAUGAAGAAGAGAUGGCAGUUUCUUGGGGCUCAGUGGCCUAUGAAGAUGUAGCCGUGAUAUUCACUCAAGAGGAGUGGGCACUAUUGAAUCCUUCAGAGAAGAAACUCUACAGAGAUGUCAUGUGUGAAAACUUGAGGAACUUUCUUUCCAUAGAAAAAAUACAAGAACUUUCCACCAAAGAGCAGCAUUACUUGCACAGGAGUCAACAAAGUAAUACAGCAGUGAAAGUCUCUGAGGGCACAAAAAGUCAGAGUGGUAGAAAAUCUCAAGAAUGUGAAGUAUACAACAAAUUACUCACUGGUUCUAUUCAUCUUCAAAAAUAUGAAAGAAUUCACAGUGGAAAGAAACCCUCUGGAUGUAAACAGUGUAGUAAAACAUUCAGAUGUCCCAGUUAUCUUCGGGUACAUGAAAGAACUCACACUGGAGAGAAACCCUAUGAAUGUAAACAAUGUAGUAAAACAUUCAGUUGUUCCAGUAGUCUUAAGCUACAUGAAAGAACUCACAGUGGAGAGAAACCCUAUGAAUGUAAACAAUGUAGUAAAACAUUCCAUUGUUCCAGUAAACUUAAGAUACAUGAAAGAACUCACAGUGGAGAGAAACCCUAUGAAUGUAAACAAUGUAGUAAAACAUUCAGUUCUUCCAGUAAUGUUAAGCUACAUGAAAGAACUCACAGUGGAGAGAAACCCUAUGAAUGUAAACAAUGUUGUAAAACAUUCAGUUAUUCCAGUAGUCUAAAGAAACAUGAAAGAAGUCACAGUGGAGAGAAACCCUAUGAAUGUACACAAUGUAGUAAAACAUUCAGUUGUUCCAGUAUACUUAAGAACCAUGAAAGAACUCACAGUGGAGAGAAACCCUAUGAAUGUACACAAUGUAGUAAAACAUUCAGUUGUUCCAGUAUACUUAAGAACCAUGAAAGAACUCACAGUGGAGAGAAACCCUAUGAAUGUACACAAUGUAGUAAAACAUUCAGUUGUUCCAGUAGUCUUCAGAAACAUGAAAGAAUUCACAGUGGAGAGAAACCCUAUGAAUGUAAACAAUGUAGUAAAACAUUCAGUUUUUCCAGUAGUCUUAAGCUACAUGAAAGAAUUCACACUGGAGAGAAACCCUAUGAAUGUAAACAAUGUAGUAAAGCAUUCAGUUGUUCCAGUAGUCUUCGCUCACAUGAAAGAACUCACAGUGGAGAGAAACCCUAUGAAUGUAAACAAUGUUGUAAAACAUUCAGCUGUUCCAGUAGUCUUAAGAAACAUGAAAGAACUCACAGUGGAGAGAAACCCUAUGAAUGUAAACAAUGUAGUAAAACAUUCAGUUAUUCCAGUAGUCUUAAGAUACAUGAAAGAACUCACAGUGGAGAGAAGCCCUAUGAAUGUGAACAAUGUAGUAAAACAUUUAGUUUUUCUGGAGAGAAACCAUAUAAAUGUAAAGUAAAACAUACAGUCAAUACACAACUCUUUGGACACAUGAAGGAAUUCACAGUGGAGAGAAACGUUAUGAAUGUAACCUAUGUAGUAGACAUUCAGGCAAUGUGCAAAUCUUCGGACACAUGA